AUGAAAAGCGGUCCUCCGCCAAGUUUUAUGCUUCCUAAAAAGCCACAAAAUGAAGAAUGCCUAGAGAAUGCAGGUGAAGAUGAUAGUAACAAAGAUGAAGAAGCAGGAAACGAAGAUGAUGAAGUAAAUGAAGAAGACCAGGAAAAUGGUGCUGAUACAAUUGCCAAUGAAGAAAAAAAAGGUGCUGAAAUACCCGCUAUCGGUGAUCUAAACGAUCUGGAUGAUGACGACAACUUUAUUAUUGAUAAAAAUGAAAUGGUUGAGACAAGUGAUGACCAAGAUCUCUUGUCAUCCCCCAGCAGUAAGAUAUCUCUUGAAUCAGAAGGAGAACAGGAAAUAGACGGAUUUACGAACUUCAACAUGAUUUUAGAAUAUCCAAAGUUGAAGUUUGAUUAUAAACUAUUGGAUACAUUUGAUGAAGGGCUUAUGGAUUGGUUUAGUGCGAAGGAUCUUCAAAAUCUUAGAGAUGUGAAAUUGUUGGCCCUAUCCUCGAAAUAUCACAAUAAUAUUUCCCUUUUCUUAAAGAAAACAGGCUUGCAAUUAAAAUCAUUACUUUCAAGUGAUGAUGACAGCGUAUCCUACGAUGCUCAAAUUCUAAAGCAUAUUAUUGGUAUAUUGUAUAUUAGUCUAGGGUCGUACGGGGAUGCCAUAGACAAGGAGCAACUGAAUAAAAGAAUAAAGGAUAAUUCACAUAAAUUAGUUCAUGAAGAUAUACUAAUACGGCAAAUCAUAAAUAUAACACUAUCACGGGCAAACAAGCUAGCGGAUGCAGGCAAUUGCGAAAAUAAUAUAUCUGCUAGGUGCUUGAAGCUUUGGUCCUCCGAAAUGUUUUACACAUUGACAAUCUUGCACAUAAUAUCAUUAGUGUAUUUGAAGUAUCUGAAAGAUGAUGAAUCAGAGUAUUUCAAAUUGGUUGAUCUUUUUGAUCACGCAAAUGUGCUUGAAGAGGUCACGAAGGUAAUAGACAAGUGGAGAUGGAUUUCAUGCGAAUCUGAAAGAAACGAUCCUGCUAGUAUUAUAAAUUCAUUUUCUAAAGGUAAUAUUCCAGAAAAUAAGGAAGACAUUAGUCGUUCCACAAGUCAAAAAAAGAAUAUUGACGCCUCAAAUUCUCCAGCAAAAUCGCAAAAGUCUUUGAAUAUUGUUAUGUCGUUUAAACUUCGAAACAUUGUGAUAUUUUUGGGUGACCUAAUACUUUUGGAAUUCGGUAAUUUGGAGGAUUUAAAGAGCACACGAGAUUACCUAGAAUUUAGAAACGACAAAAAAGGGAAUCCAGAGAAAUCGAAAUUGAGCAGUUCACUUACUGUUUCUCCUAUCGAUUACAGAAGGUACAGAGAGAAUUUGGUUGCUCGUUAUCCUACGUUCACUCCACCAAAGUACAACGUUUCAGAAAUAUUGAAGUUAUCUUUACGAAAUGAAAAGGACACUCCAACGACAACUUUGCCAGAUAUCACGAGUUCCAUAUCGAUGCUUAGUUCUGAAGGUAAAGCGAGAUCAAUAGAGGAUGAAAGCAUCAGUGAUGGCUCAAAACUGACUGAGUCACCUCCUCCUGAAAUACACAUAGCUACUCCAAUGCCAUCACCAUCUCUUACACCUCAGAGUACGGGUGGAUCCGGUAACUUUUCAACACUUGAAGAUGCGGAUGCAGAUGUUAGAAGACGUUUAAAUCCUUCCCAGUCCAGUUAUCCAAAUAUAUACCCUCUUAGUCGGAAAGUGCCAUACAGUAUUGAAGAGGCCAGCAAUAUUCUCUAUCAGCACGUGAGCGAUGACUUCAAUUCCAAACAGUUUGUUUCCGUGUUUGAACAAUUUGUCCGUGAUGAAAAGGGAUUAAAGACCGAGACUGAUUACAUGAAUUCGAAUAGUGGAUCAGAUCCAUAUAAAUAUACGCAGGAGGAUAUCAAGCAGAAUCCUAUGUUUGUACAUGAGCUUAAAUCAUUGCAAAGAGUCGAAAAGUAUUAUAAGAAUUGUCUCUCUUAUUUUAGCUCCUUGAUAUAUGUAUUGAUUCAAAUUUUUUCAUCAAACGUUAUCCCUCUACGUGGAAAUGAACGGCCAUUCCACAAAAUAGGCCAACACUCACAUGCAAGCUACCCCUAUAUGAAUGGAUCACAGGAAAGUACCGAGGAAGAUGAUAAAUUGCCAUAUAUUCCUUCCAAAUUAACGUGCAGUGAGAAACAGAAGCUUGAAGUUUUGCGCAUGAAGGAAUCAACCUUAAAAAGUUCAUCCACUAUCAUUGUUUUAUUAUCCAAAUGGUUCAAGACUUCGCACAUUCUUAAAUAUGAGUACUUUCUGUCACUUUUGUUUGACAGCAAUUUCAUUACUCAAUCAUUCAGGUUGCUAAACAGUAACAAAAUUCACUCCAGAUGGAGCCAUUCAUAUGAUUUCAAAGAUCCGGACAGCCUGAUGAAGAACCGUCUAAUCUAUUGUGACUAUGAGGCUUUGUAUCAAUUGAAUGAUUAUAAUUUUUAUUUGAAGGCUUUAAGUCUCUCCUCAGAAGCAAGAACUCCAAAUACUACAGAGAUAGACGAGAAGGCUAUUUAUGAACAUAUAUUUGAUUUAAGUGAGCGGAAUUCUGAUAAAAGUGCACUAUCAUUCAUUCUACCUUUUAAUGCACAAUGCAAUUUAACAGUGGAAAGACCAAAUAGCCGAUAUUGUGUGAUUGUGACAAAUAUUUUUGAGGAGAUAUACAUGAUGAUAUCGCAUUUCAAGAUUCAACGGAUAUAUAAACUACUUGAAACGCGGCCAACAGAUACUUUGAGGUUUUACUUGACUCUUUUCAACAAAACUUUGUACAAGCCGAUACUAAAAAUCAUCAAACUAAUGAGUCCAUUUAGUGGUAAGAAAUGGAGAGCGAACAACAUGGACAUGAUUUCGUUUGUUUAUCUAUUUUACAAGAUUGGAUUACGGGAUAGAUGGUUGACAAAUUAUUUCACUGGAACUCUUGAGGAACGCUUAAAGGUUUCAUAUGAAAACGAAUUUUCUUUACGGUGCCUUUUAAAAUAUUAUAAUGUCAAGAACUAUUCUGAAAUUUUGAAGAAGUUCGGCUAUAAUACACAGGGAGAGAAGUUUUUAAACAGUCUGAGAAAGGAGAAUGAAAACUUUUUUGACACGCAAUUGAUGGAUGGUAAUCAAAAUGAUGAAUUUCAUGAUUAUCUUAAGCUCGAGUGA